AUGCAACCUAUGAACCUAGUCUGUGCCAAAAACCUGGUGAUUGACAAGAGCAUUCAAACGGCUUAUAUUCAGGCGAUAAGAUCUGCCCAACAUUUCAUAUACAUUGAGAAUCAAUAUUUCCUUGGGUCAUCUUAUGCUUGGCCCUCCUACAAACAUGCAGGUGCUGAUAACUUAAUCCCAAUGGAGCUGGCAUUCAAGAUUACGACUAAAAUAAGGGCAAAACAAAGAUUCACAGUUUAUGUUGUUGUCCCAAUGUGGCCUGAGGGUGUUUCCACUUCUGCCUCUGUACGAGAAAUUCUAUAUUGGCAGGGACAGACGAUGCAAAUGAUGUCUGAAAUUAUUGCUCGAGAACUGAAGUCUGCCAGCAUUAAGAAUGCACAUCCAACUGACUAUCUAAAUUUCUAUUGUCUUGGUAAUCAAGAAAAAAGGCAUGGUGAAGAUUCUUCAAAUGGUCAUACGUCCUCCAGUUUCUCUUCUAUAAUUCUGCUAUUUUAUUAG